GACCAAACAACCUCCUCAAUGCUCACGAAUAUGGAUCCUCCAACUCUCACUCGCGCACGCCGAGCCCUGGCGACCGCAACACGUUCUCGAACGGUGCCCUUUGACUCUCUACUGUCUCAGGAGGCUACUAGUGCAAGAAUCUCGCGAAACCGUCUAGUAUCUGGGUAGAUCGACUGACUGGACCCCUUCUCACGCGCUUGCCCAUGCGUGUCCCUGCGCGAUGAACGGUCUGAACACUCGGGGACGUUCCAAACAGCCAGGAACAUCUAGAGGCACACGUGUGGUUGCUCUGCGGAGGAAUUCAAGCGAUGGAACUCAGGUUGUCGAGGAAUUGAGUGGCGGGGAGGAGCGUGUCGUGAAUGAACGCGCUCGCAUGGUUCAGGAGAGGCAGGCGGAGAUGGGCGAAGUCGCGGAUAGACAUGACACCUACGUGCGCGAACGGUUCCACCUCGAGCAGUUCGUCACACUAGUCUCCUACGACCCCAAGACUGCCAAAAAGGAUGAUUCAACCGUAUUCCGCGAGUACAAAUCGAAGUACGAUCUAGUUCAAGAACCCAACGCUACCGGCACAUCGCGGCGCACACGAAGAGCCCGCACCGGGCGCAUGCAAGGUACAGACACAACUCCUGUCCAAAAAAAUAUCCCUAGAGGGCCAGACGAUGGCGCCGCCAUGACUGCUGCGUCGGGCGUGGCGCCGUCGAUAUCAGCGCCUGUGAGGCCAAAGCCGUCACGCCUGAUGCUUCCUCCAGACGUUCCAGCCAACGCUAGCGCACACGUCGGCAAGGGGAAGGGGAAGGGGAAGGCGGUAGCCGAACUGCCACUCUCCGUUUCUCCUGCAAGACGCCAGUCUCGGCCCACAAAAGCGCGAGAUCGCAGCACGGAGCUCGAGGAUCUGCCUCCACCGAAGAGGAGGCGGAUCGAGUCCAAUGGCCUGUCCUUAUCUGCUGCUCACCGAGAAGAUGUAGCACAGCCUACGGAUCGCCCUCCGGAGUCGAUAUCUGCGACGCCGUCCGGCCGCCGCAAACCUAGAAGGCAGCUAUCGCCACCCAGAGGUUCAACCUCUUCAAGACGCCGGGCAGAACCUGUCUCACCCAGCCAGUCGCCUCUCAAACGCAUUAAGCUCAUCGUUCGUCGCCCGGAUCCUGUGUACUCGAGUCCCGUGCAGAAACCACCACCGCCGACUUCUGAAUCACUGUUCGCCCUGCUUACCUCUUACACAACUUUGAACGGUAACGACGUGAGCCAGAACGAGGUCGAGGACCACGUCCAACAAGUUGCAGACUUCUGGCGACGCGCCGACGCGAUGCGUAAGGAGGGCCGAUUCUUUCCGGAGAGCGUCGGUGACGAGUCUCUGCGCGUCAGCCCUCUCCAGAGAGACGCGUCCAUGAAUCGCAGCCAAGACACGUGGGCACAUGUCCUCGAGGCGGUUAAAGCCCGUGCGGAGUAUCGCCCGACCAGUGGCCGACAGGUCGCUGCACAAGUCGCGAGCAGGGUCCGGGCGUAUUGGGAGACCCGGGCCGUGAAGGACGACAAGAUGAAGCUUCAGGACGAGAAACGGCUGCGUGCGCUCGCGAAGGUGACGAUCAGGCAUGUUAUAGACGAGUGGAAGAAGGCCGUCCAUCACAUCCGCAGAGAAGAGCAGCUUAGGCGCGAGGAGGAAGAGCGGAUACGGGGACAAGAACACCUAGAUGCUAUCCUCAACCAGUCCGGCCAAAUCCUAACCGCUCAGCAGCUUGACCUGAGCAAGACGACCCCGCGCAGUCGUUCUAGCAGCGUGUCGGCAGCACUUGGUCACUGGGCAUCGGCAUCGCCGGAACCAGACGACGCGCUGUCCAGUGAAGCAGAGGAGGCGGUUGCCUCUGAUGAUGAACCCGAGGAGAACGACGAACCCGAAGGUGAACAGGGUGUCGACACCAGUAUCUUGCUCGGCGAAGGCGCGGAAAUGACACCUCGUAGCCCGAGCUCCCGGUCUAGGUCGUCGAUGGGACCGCCGACAACCGAUGACGCGUCUGCCCGACAAUCACCGGAGCCCGACUUUGAGAUCGGGCCCGCGUCACAGUCACGACGCAGUGUCUCGAUCAGCGAGUCUAUCCAAGCUCGAACACCAUCGCCCAGUCCGACGCCAACUGUGGAGACGCCUGUGCCGCUCACCUACAGCCCCAGCAAGGCUGAUUGGGAAAACAUAUUCCCGUUCGCCGGCUCUUCCAGUUCUUUGGACUUCUCUCCGCACGAUGAACUGGUCAUUUCCGCUGCGGCAUCGAAGACCCUCGCGGACACCAGGGUGAAUCUGGACGACGAUACGGAGAUUCCAUCUGUCUACGCUGUCUCGACGAAUGGCGCCACUACCGACUACAUGGAUGUCGAUGAGGACGUCGAUCAACUUGUCCCUGCACCGGAAUUCCAAGAUGUGCAUACCUCUAAAUCACCGCCUAUGGCUGCCGACGCGCCACACGAGGGGGACAUACGACCGUCAACUCCACAACCAGAUCUCCUGACUGCCUCCACGCAAGAUCGUGAAUCAGAAUCAGCCAUACCAGACACACCACGCGUGGAGAACGAGAUCGACGAUGCUGAGGAAGAGGCGUUGGCGUUGUCAUCAAUACCUGUCUACUUAAGGCCGUAUGCUGUUGCACCAGUCGAAUGGGACCCAUCGACGCCCGUCAAGGCGCCUUUCCUCCUGCGUGGCAAUCUACGGCCGUAUCAGCAGUCAGGUUUGGAGUGGCUAGCUAGUCUCCAUACGAACAACCUCAACGGAAUCUUAGCCGACGAGAUGGGUCUUGGCAAGACAAUCCAGACGAUAUCCCUACUCGCUCAUCUUGCCUGUGAUCGUGGCAUCUGGGGUCCACAUCUUAUCGUAGUCCCUACGAGCGUCCUACUGAACUGGGAGAUGGAGUUCAAGAAGUUUCUUCCCGGGUUCAAGGUCCUCAGCUACCAUGGGAACACCAAGCAACGCAAAGAAUUGCGACAGGGCUGGAAUAACAAAUACCAAUUUAACGUUUGCGUGACCUCAUACACGCUAGCGAGCCGCGACGCGCACGUCUUCAAGCGCAAAGCGUGGUACUACAUGAUCCUUGACGAGGCUCAUAUGAUCAAGAACUUCCGGUCACAGCGAUGGAACAUCCUCCUCAUGUUCCGUUCCUUUCGCCGCCUCCUCUUGACUGGUACACCGCUGCAGAACAAUCUGACGGAGUUAUGGGCGCUGCUGCAGUUCUUGAUGUCGGGUACAAACUUCGCCAACCUCAAGGAAUUCGGUGACUGGUUUGCGAAUCCUCUGGAAAAGGCAAUCGAGAUGGGCACUAUGGACGAUGAGACUCAGCAACGCGUCUCGAAGCUUCAUAUGGUGCUUCGCCCCUACCUCCUCCGCCGUCUCAAGCGCGACGUCGAGAAAGAACUGCCGCAGAAAUUCGAGCACCUUGUCAUGUGUCCCCUGUCGAAACGGCAGCGCUUUCUUUACGACGAGUUCAUGGCCCGCGCGGAUACGAGGCAUGACCUCCAGUCUGGUGUCUACCAGAAGAUCGCGAACAUCCUCAUGCAACUGAGGAAGGUCGUCAAUCACCCGGACCUAUUCGAGGUUCGUCCCAUCGUCACGUCCUUCGCCAUGGAGCGCUCCGCCAUCGCCGAUUUCGAGAUCAAGGAGUUACUCGUGCGCCGGCGGCUUCUCGCAGCCAGUGAAGAGGAACAGUUGAAUCUGGACCUCCUCGGGCUGCAGUUCAUUCAAAGGCAGAAUACGUCGUAUUUUGCUUCGGCCGAAGUACGAUCUCUGGAUGGAACUCCCCGGUUGCCCACGAUCACCGAGCUCCCAGGCGAGCCACCACCAAGGGACACCCGUACGAUCUUGGGCUUCAAACGAUAUCGAGAGUGGUCUCAACGUGCUGCAGAAAUUGCGAAGUGGACCCAUUUCGGAUAUAUUAACAGACUGCGAUGCUCCAUGAUGCCGAUCUACAGCCAGGAGCUGAUUCACACCAGCCAGCGGUUUUUCUCUCCCUUGCUACCUCUCACCACGAUGGAUCGGCGGUCUUGGGCCGUGUCUGACAAGCUCCACUCUAUGGUCAAGUCAUACGCUGACCGAGUCGAAGGGAUGGCCAGCGUAGUCGACCGAUUCACGUUCGCGACUCCAGCUGUCGUGGCACGGGAUCUCCCUCGUAUCACGCUGGCUGGACAUGAAGAGGCCGUCCAGGCUCUACUUCCCGAUCCCGAGUUCGACAGCAAUCUCCACCGUGCUGCUGUAAAGCUGCAGAUCGCGUUCCCGGACCCGUCCUUGCUACAAUACGACUGUGGCAAGCUGCAAGAACUCGCGAAGCUGCUGCGAGAACGCAAAGCGGGCGGCCACCGCAUCCUCAUCUUCACCCAGAUGACGAGGAUUCUGGAUAUACUAGAAACGUUCCUCAACUUUCACGGCUAUCUGUACCUGCGCCUGGAUGGUUCCACCAAAAUCGAGGAUCGACAGUACAUCACGGAGCGAUUCAACUCUGAUUCGCGCGUAUUUUGCUUCAUUUCCUCGUCGCGCUCCGGCGGUGUUGGUAUCAACUUGACUGGCGCAGACACUGUCAUCUUCUACGACAGUGACUUUAACCCACAGAUGGACCGCCAGUGCGAGGAUAGGGCCCAUCGCAUCGGCCAGAUCCGGGACGUCCACAUCUACCGCUUCGUCUCAACGCACACGGUCGAAGAGGCGCUGCUGCGCAAGGCGAACCAAAAGCGGACGCUCGACAACAUCGUCAUCCAGAAAGGCGAAUUCGACUGGCACUCACUGUUCUCCAACGAGGCAGAGAAAGAGCUGACGAAAGCAUUGGGAGACGUCGAGGAUGAGGCGGACGCAUUGGCGGCUGCCGCCGCGGCGCGAGAGGAAGUCGAAAUCAUUGGUGAGGAUGAGCGAGACUUUGAAGCGGAGGGCAGUGAGGAGAAGGAGCGAAAACGAGUCGCUUUCGAGGAGAGCCCAGUGGAUGGAGCAGUCGCCGAGGAGGAGGAGCGUCCUGCGGAGGAACAGGAGGCGGAAGAAGACGACGAGGAAGGUGGGACUACGGUUGACUAUAUGCUUGCCUUCGUGCGCUCCGACAUGGAGCAUUUCGCGGACUGGCGUCUCUGACGCAGGGAUUCCUUUCCGCGCUCUAGUCUGUUGUUUGUACCGUAUGAUAUAUUGCCGAUAUGCCUCUGCGAAUACGUCUGUACUUACUUGUUGCGUUAUCCGGUACUAAUCGCUAUGCACGUACCUCGCCGUCGUGUAUGUUCUAGUAAUCCAGUGGUGUUGACGAAAUGCUUGUCUUGGAGCUUCACACGCACUAGUGAUAUAGACUUUGUGAUGAAUGUCCAGAUUAAACAGCUAAUGGCCCAUAGUAUGUUGUCGCAAGCAAAUAGGAGCAAACACUCACUGAAUUACCGCGCAGUGGCGCAGUACUGUAGUGGCGCGCAUCUCGU